AGGACACCACACAAGGACAUGGAAAAGGAAAAUGCAACAUUGCUGACAGAGUUUGUUCUCACAGGACUUACACAUCAACCAGAGUGGAAAAUCUCCCUGUUCCUUAUAUUCUUGGUGAUAUAUCUCGUCACUGUCACCGGGAACCUCGGUCUGAUUGCUCUCAUCUGGAAUGACCCUCACCUUCACAUCCCCAUGUACUUAUUCCUCAGGAAUUUAGCCUUUGUGGACACUUGGAUAUCUUCCACCGUGACCCCCAAUAUGCUGCUCAACUUCUUAGCUGAAAGUCAGAUGAUGUCUUUCUCUGAGUGCAAGAUCCAGUUUUUUUCCUUUGCACUCAGUGCAACCACAGAAUGUUUUCUCUUGGCAACAAUGGCAUAUGAUCGCUACGUGGCCAUAUGCAAACCUUUACUCUACCCAGUGAUUAUGAACAACGCACUGUGCACCCGGCUAGUAGUCUUAUCUUUUGUAGGUGGCUUUCUUCAUGCCAUAAUUCAUGUGGGUUUUUUAUUCAGAUUAACUUUCUGUCACUCCAACAUAAUACAUCACUUCUACUGUGAUAUCAUCCCAUUGUAUAAAAUUUCCUGCACUGAUCCUUCUAUUAAUUAUCUAAUGGUAUUUAUUUUCUCAGGUUCAAUUCAAGUAUUCACUAUUGGAACAGUUCUUGUCUCUUACACAUUUGUUCUCUUAACAGUCUUUAAAAAACAGUCCCUCAAAGGCAUAAGGAAAGCCUUCUCCACCUGUGGGGCUCAUCUCCUCUCUGUAUCUUUGUACUAUGGCCCUUUGCUCUUCAUGUAUGUGCGCCCUCGAUCGCCACAAGCUGAUGAUGAAGAUAUGAUGGCCUCUCUGUUUUACACUGUUAUAAUUCCUUUCUUAAAUCCAAUUAUUUACAGCCUGAGAAAUAAGAAAGUCAUAGACUCACUGAUAAAAACAUUGGAGAAAAUAGUUUAG